CGAGUUGCCUUGCGCUGAAAAUGUGGGCAGGAAACGCCGAGCAAGAAGGGAGAAGUGAUCACGCUUUUUCAGCACCGUUGCACAAUAUAGGCAAUCAAAUGUGCGUCGAUUUCCGCCGCUUAUAUUAAGGAACGGCCCUUCUUCUCGCCAUUUGUGGUCUUUGGGCGAUACACCGUACCCCCGCGAGCUCGACCGGCGACAGACCGCGUUGGUAUCCGAGCGCCAGGGCUGGUUUCCCGUCCUGCUCGGUUCGACAACAUAGGGGCGGCCAGCGGGUGGGAAAAAGGAUUCGUGGAAAGGAGGUGCCUUAUUUCCGACCAGCCAUGAGGGAGUAUAAAGUGGUUGUUUUGGGAUCGGGUGGAGUCGGUAAAUCUGCAUUGACUGUCCAAUUUGUGACGGGGUCCUUCAUCGAGAAAUACGAUCCCACGAUAGAGGAUUUCUACAGAAAGGAGAUAGAAGUCGACUCGUCUCCGUCGGUCUUGGAAAUCCUGGACACUGCGGGGACCGAGCAGUUCGCCUCCAUGCGAGAUCUCUACAUCAAAAACGGGCAGGGUUUUAUUUUGGUCUACAGCCUGGUGAACCAACAGAGUUUCCAAGACAUCAAGCCGAUGAGGGAUCAGAUCAUCCGCGUCAAGAGAUACGAGCGUGUGCCGAUGAUCUUGGUCGGAAACAAGGUAGACUUGGAAGGCGAGCGAGAGGUCUCUUCCGGGGAGGGGAAGGCGCUGGCUCAGGAGUGGAAUUGCCCGUUUAUGGAAACUUCUGCCAAAAAUAAAGGAUCCGUCGAUGAGCUGUUUGCAGAGAUCGUCCGACAGAUGAACUAUUCCACUGUUCCCAGCGGCAGCGACCAGUGCUGCUCUUGUGUGUUGCUCUAAAAGGACACUGUCGGUAGCCAUCUGUGUUGUUAAAGCGUAGGCCUCUGUCGAACCCUAGUUCACAACUUCUUGAUAACCCAUGAUGUGUUUUCUGGUCGCAGGCUUCGCGAGUAUUUUUUCUUUUACACUGUUGUCUUAUUGCACACAAAAGAAAAUUGACGGCAGCAGCAAAAUGAUUAUGUAAAUAGUCUGGAAAGUGUUUACAUGACAAAGUACUUGAAUGUUAACGAUUUUUAUAGCUUUGUAUAUGACACUUCUCUGGAAAUGUGCCUCAAUGGGAAUGUCUUGUGAACCUAGGAGAAACGCUUAAUGUUUUGUUUAUGGACAGUGAUGUUUUUUGAUUUUGAUCUUUGAGUAGAACUGUUAAGUCUUCUUGGGUGGAACCAUUUGUACAGAGAUGGGAUUUUCUUCCCACCUACUCUGGCAGAACUGGGGUUGGUCAUUAUUGGGCGGGGUGGGGGUGCAUCUUACUUUGGGCUUACAUGGUUCAUACGCCCUAAAACUACAGAAAUGGGGCUGUUUGGAUAUGCUCAUAAGACUAUCAAGCAAACAAGCACCAGUCAAGCCUUGCAUUUAGUCUCUGGAACCAAAACAUCCAAGUAUGAAUCAUGAGACAUCAGGCCUCCGCCACCACCUUAAGAAACCGUGCUACAGAGGAUCAACAGUAUGUGGCGUUACAGAUAGCCUAUAUACCCCCACACCCCUAACCCCUCUUCCUGGUAUGGUGAAAGUGGACUUCUUCUACUAACUGAACUUGCACUUAGCUGACGGUUUUCCUGGGUGUGCAGUGCGGAACGUGGACCUUUUGUAGUGCAGUGUUGUGGCGGCAUGGGGAGAAACAGGGCUCCCAUGUUAAGUGCCUUCCUAUAAAACAAUAUUCCUGUGACUGUGCCAACAGAUGAGCCCGUGUACUUCUGCAGUGCGUCUUAAUGGCAAUCAUAGAACCCUUAUCCGCAUUUCUCCUGUUUUUCAGAUAACAUUAGUGUUUGUUCGAUUCCCAAUCGGGAGUCAAAGUGAACAGAGCCUCUUCCCUGUUUAUUUUCUCCCCCUUGUUUUAAGGUUCUGUGGCGGUUGGGACAUUCAGCUCAACAACAGGCCGAAUGCUUCAGAUCUGGCCUUUUUGUUCUUCUGGUGGUAUUAGUGGGCCACAAAGUAUGAACCCUCGACAACCACAUGACGUUUUUUGAUUCACUGUAUGGCAAGCCAUGUCUGUGUUUUAACGUUUUUAUUUUCAAUAAUGUGACAUUUUGACCUUUUAUUGUGAAUUUAUUUCUUGGGAGGGGGGGGAGAAAUUCUUUAUCAUUCACCGAUCAGGUUUCAAAGACAUUUAAUACAAAAACAUUUUAUGUAACUUUUGUGUGCUGUGCUUAUUUCUGUAGGGAGGUUACUCACUUCUCGUAAUUAUUCUGUACUAUUUUGUUCUUUUAAGCUGGACUCUCAUUUGGAAUGGUAUGAUCCGGUUAUCAAAUUAAAUGGCCCAAGAAACUGUUUUUACUAAAAUUCA